CUUCCCCCCUGCUCUCUCGCACCCUUCAUUGGAUCCAUAGUGUCCUCUCUCUCUGUCUCUCUUUCUCUCCUUUGGCUAUACUAAGUCUUUUCUCAACCGGGGGGAAAAAGGUAACAUCUCAAGCAAGAAAACUUCUCAGAGAACGCUUCACAUCUUCUGCCUCUGAGAAAGCCUCAUUUACUGCUUUUAAAGAUCCACACUAGAGAGAGUUUCCACAACAUUCAACAAGACUUCCUUUCCUUCUCUACAAAAAUACAUUUUGAAAAAGAUUAAAAAAAGAUGGAACUUCAGAAACUGUCAAACGGACACCACCAUGACUUUCAGCCUCUAGAGGAUGGAUUGUCACCAGAGCAAGAGGAAUUUUUGCCGCAUAAAAGCAAUGGGAAAAAAGCACCUCAGUUUACAGAUUUUGAAGGGAAGACUUCAUUUGGGAUGUCUGUGUUUAACCUCAGUAACGCCAUCAUGGGCAGUGGAAUUCUGGGUCUGGCGUAUGCCAUGUCCAACACUGGUAUCGUUCUCUUCCUAUUCUUGUUGACAUGCAUCGCUAUUCUUUCGUCAUACUCUGUCCAUCUCCUCCUGAGGAGUGCUGGAGUUGUGGGUAUCCGUGCAUAUGAGCAGCUUGGCAAUCGAGCAUUCGGACACCCUGGAAAAGUACUGGCUGCGGUUGUCAUAACAAUGCACAACAUCGGAGCAAUGUCCAGCUACCUCUUCAUUGUGAAAUACGAGUUACCUUUGGUCAUUCAGGCCUUUUUGGGCCUUCAGCACAGCAGCGGGCAAUGGUUCCUCAAUGGCAACUACCUGAUCAUCAUUGUGUCCAUCUGUAUUAUUCUACCACUUGCCCUGAUGAGACAGCUUGGGUAUCUGGGCUACACCAGUGGUUUUUCUCUGACAUGCAUGGUUUUUUUCCUCAUCUCGGUCAUCUAUAAGAAGUUCAGCAUCCUGUGUCCACUGGAGGCAUUCAGUAAUUACACCACAGUCAAUGCUUCUAUAGAUGGAGAAUGUGAGGGCAAAUACUUCACCAUCAACCAGCAGACGGCCUACACGGUUCCCAUCUUGGCUUUUGCUUUUGUGUGCCACCCUGAAGUGCUGCCAAUCUACACUGAGCUGCGCAACCCCACUAAGAGACGCAUGCAGGCCAUUGCCAAUGUGUCCAUCUUGGCCAUGUUUGUAAUGUAUCUGCUCACUGCCAUCUUUGGAUACCUCACCUUCUACGCUAAUACAGAGGCGGAGUUGCUGCACACCUACCAUAAAGUGGACCCGCUGGACACUCUAAUCCUGUGUGUUCGACUGGCAGUGCUGGUGGCCGUCACACUGACUGUUCCUGUGGUGCUUUUCCCAAUUCGUCGAGCUCUGCUGCAGCUGCUGUUCCCUGAGAAGCCUUUCCAUUGGGUUCGUCACAUCUGCAUUGCUCUGUGCCUCCUCUUUCUCGUCAACCUGCUCGUCAUCUUUGUGCCCAACAUCCGAGACAUCUUUGGAAUCAUUGGGGCCACCUCGGCACCAAGUUUGAUCUUCAUUCUCCCGGGGCUGUUCUAUAUCCGCAUCGUUCCAAAAGACCAGGAACCAAUGAACUCAAGACCAAAAAUCCAGGCUGCCUGCUUCUCAGCUUUGGGUUUCAUCUUCAUGUCCAUGAGCUUAACCUUCAUAGCCCUGGACUGGAUCAGUGGAGAGAACCGCAGUGGAGGGGGACACUGAUCCCCAGCCACGAAAACAAAGGGGGUCCAACACGCCUGCUCAGCAGAACGCCAUCGAGCUGUCCUCUCCCACCAAACCCAGCAAGGAGUCCGAGAGAACAGCGAAAAAAAUGAAAAAAAAAGUCACUGAUAGGCUGGACCCAUCUCAUCUCUGGACUCUCGCCCCACUGAGUGAGGAGAGGGCCCGCUUGCCGCCAUAUUUAAAAUUAGAAAGAGAAACGUCCUGUGGUGGAGGAUCUAGGCAGAUUAUGAUGAUGUCAUGCCCUCCUGUGGCAGUUUUCUCAGAUAAAGAUCAUGCAUACAGUCAUUUGCUUUUUUUCAGUACAGACAAAUGGCUAUUACAUUUCUGCUGGAAAAUGCUUAUAGAUUGUACCAAAUUCCAAAGGUUGUUGAGAAGCAGCUGUAAGAGAAAGGACAGUCCAAAGAAAGUAACUGGAUAGGCUUUUUUGUAACCUUUUGCAAUGAAAACAGGACAUAACCAUGUUCAUGUUUCUCCCACUACAGAAAAAUUCUAACUUUUACUGAUCCUGUCAAAUCUUGGCUAAAAGUCAAAGAUGGAAGCAUAUCAUAUUUCCGUUUAUUUGUUCAGACACACUACAAUUUGAUCCGACAACAUUAAUUUCUACAUCAUAUCAAAAUGGUGUUGGUAAAGGCUGAGCUACAUCUCUGAACUAAGUCGAGUCUCAAGUAUUGAUAGCAAAAAACAAAACAUAUGUGAUCAACUUUAAAGCCACACUCAGGGUUUUAAAAAGCCAUACGUGUUUGCAAAACUCUUGGGUAGAACUCCUGUAAAGUGUUUGAAGUGCCAAGUACAACUGCCAUACCUCAUUUUGACUCCAGAGUUUACAAUAGCAAUGGCAAAUCAUCCUGUGUCUUGAAAAAAACCAAAAGCCUAAUGGCAUUCAGGACUCAGGCUACGAACUUUGCAGCUGUUUUUCUGGAGUGCAAAACACUCCUAAAUCCAUCUUUACUAUUCAGUGCAAGGGUGACCAGUUUGUCGUUGAUCUAAAAUCUCUGAUUGUGGCUUUGAACUUGACUGAACAAGGUAGAAAUUCAUGUACUAAUUAGUUUUAUACAAUUUAGCACAGCUUUUUUGUUUGUUUGUCUGUUUGUUUGUUCAGGAUUACAUUUCAUUUGCAUAACAAGCUGGAGGUACGACUCGUUUUCACAUAAUGCUGAACCAAUGCUUCAAACGAAUGAUGUGUGGAUGCAAGUCCAUUCAUUCUCUUCUAAGGUGCUAAUUUAUAACGUUGCUUUCCGCACAGGCUACCACAAGCGAUAAAACCAAACCAAUGGAUCUAAAUGGAUGACUGAAGCUCAGUACUACUGAGCUGAUUUUGUCGAUGUUGUCAACACUCCCCCGUUGGACUUUCAGUGCAAUCAUGUUGGUGUUUCUGAGCCCAAAUCAGAUUCCAAGUUUUUGAAAUUGUUUUAUGAAAACAAUCAGAAGGAAAAAUGAAACAAUCUGACCUUCUUUCCUUUUUAACGUUGAGCCAAUAGGAUAGACCAGGUGUUUUUUGAAGAACAAAAGGGAAGGCUAUGUCAAACUGUGUCCUAAACUGCUUUUCCUCUUGGUCUAGAGAACACUGUGAAUUCAAUGCUUCUUUGUGAAAUACAAUUUCGGAAGCAGUUCAAAAAUCUUCACGAAAUAUGAUGAGAGACACUUUUGAAUGCUUGUUUCAAUUUAAUAUGCUUGCUCAAAAAAGUAAAUAAAAAAUGAAAAAAAAAUAAAUAAAUAAAUAAAAUGAAAAAAACAAAAAAAGACAAUGCAAAAGCAACUCACCCUACCAAAGUGGUGCACAUACAACUAUGGCCUGACUGCUCCUUAUAAGGGGGGGUGUAUUAGAAUAACUUUCUAUUUAUAAGUAACUUCCAGGCACUUCUAUCUGUUAAGCACAGCAAAUACACUGAAGCACUCCUAUAAUCUGCACACGUUAUUACUCUAUCAGUAAUAAAGUGUGUAAACUGUCCAGACUAGUCGAGUGCACCUGUAUCUUAUCUCCACUGAAGUGUCCAGGAAGUUACUCCUACCGUUCUAAGCUAACAGCAUCUUUGUUCCUCAUUUCACAGCGGGGCUGAGGCGCAUUGGACAUCUCUUGUGUAGUCAUCUGCUGUUAGCUUGGUAGGCCAUGUCAGUGCCGCUGAACUUGUGCAGUUUAUCUUAAACAUGCAGGCUGUGCCAGUUCUGCUGUUAUUUUCUAUACAUUUUGCAUUUGUGGUGAAUAAAGUGCUCCAGCAGCUCGCCUCAGUCUUUCUUUUUAACUUGUUAAACAAGUACUGAAGUUUCUGUACCCUAACUUUGCCACCUUCCUAUUUUUAAACCCAUUAACAGGAACCAUCGAAGAGUUGCCUGCUUUUUAUUAGCAAUCCUGUCAAUAAUAUUCAUGUUGUUUUACAUAUUCUUUGCAUACUUUGAGUCAGUUAUAGAAAAAUUGGGGAUGUUUUUCCUGACAACUUUAUUGUGACAUCCACUGACGCCAAAGACACUCUGCAGCUGAAGAAGUUCCAACUUUCAAUAAAGAUGAAUUGUAAGUGA